AUGCCAGACGGUGCGUCCGAGACGACGCCUCUCAAAGGAUCACACCCUCGCAGCGGCGAUGUCCAUGCCAAACCGAAAGGAUUGACGCCAGAUACAUCGUAUGGCGCCUUAUCUUACCAGACAAAUCAGGAUGGAACCAGCACAUCGACGACGACGCCCGAAAUCAAUGAUGACAGCACCGGCAAUGACACUGACGCUGCAUCCCAACGUCCGACCGGCUUCAAGUUUGCCGUCAUCAUCGCCAGUCUAUGGGUGGUGCUGUUCAUGGCUGCGCUCGACGGCACCAUCGUAGUGACGCUGAUCGCUUCCAUCUCCUCCUCCUUCAAAGCUUCGGAAAAGUCGGGCUGGCUGAGCACCUCCUACCUGCUGAGCGUCUGCGCAUUCUCGUCCAUCUACGGCCGACUGUCCGACAUCAUCGGACGCAAGGGAGCGCUGCUGGUUGCGCUCAGCUUCUUCACGACGGGCACGUGCCUGUGCGCUGCAGCCAAGAGCAUGAAUGCGCUGCUAGUCGCCCGCUUCGUCGCCGGUAUCGGGGGAGGCGGUCUGCUUACCACAUCGUCGAUCUGCAUGACCGAUCUGGUGCCUCUGCGCCAGCGUGGAUUGUGGCAAGGCAUCACCAACAUUCUGUUUGGCUCGGCUUCGGCGUUGGGAGGUCCACUGGGUGGCUUCAUCAACGACGCGUUCGGCUGGCGAACCGCUUUCGGGUUUCAAGUACCUUUCCUGCUCGUGGGGGCCGUCUGCAUCGCCACCUUUGUCAACAUCCCGUUGCCGGCUUCGGAUCAGAGUUGGCAGAAGAAGCUCGGACGCAUUGACUAUCUUGGAUCGCUCGGACUCAUCUCGUCUUCAAGCUGCUUGCUGCUGGCUAUGAGCUUCCUCUCCGGCUCUCUGCUUCCGUUCUCGCACCCUUUGGUAUGGGGUUUCCUAUUGGGAUUCGUCGUCACAGCGGUGCUGUUUGUGCUGGUGGAAGGGUGGGUCGUCGGCGAGCCGGUGAUGCCGCUGACGCUGCUCACGCGCAAGUCGCCAGCACUGAUCGGCGCAUCGUAUUUCCUCGGCAGCUUUGCCCAUUUCGCCACCAUCUUUCACUUCCCGCUCUGGUUCCAGUCGGUUCGAUUGCAGAGCGCAUCGCAGGCUGGACUCCACCUCAUCCCCAUCUCGUUCUCGGCUGCGGCGGGUAGUUUGUGGGCGGGGCUCUACAUGAAGCGCACGGGCAAGUACUGGCGCGCCAACGUCGUCUGCUGUGUCCUCAACAUUGUCGCUACCGGCUACGGUGCGUUAUGGAACGAGUCGACGUCGGCGUGGUCGGAAUAUCUCACAUUCUGCCCUCAGGCCUUUGGCACCAGCGCCAUCUUUACCUUUCUGCUCAUCGGACUCAUCGCUUCCGUCUCCAAGGACAAGGCGGCAGUGGCGACGGGCACCGUAUACCUCUUCCGAAGCUUGGGUCAGGUGGUGGGUGUUUCUCUCUCGACGGCCCUGUUCCAGAUGUUGCUCCAGUCGCAGUUGUUCCGCAACAUCACGCCGGAUCUUUUGCCGCAUCCAGAGCAGGGGGCUGCUGGUGUCGAGCAGCUCAUCUCGGCGUUGAGGCACGAUGCCUCGCUAGUGUUGACAUUGAAUCCCGAGCCGUUGAGGCACGCGGCUCAGGUGUCGUACAUGAACGCCAUCAAGCGCGUGUUUAUGUUGGUGACGGUGCUCAACGUGCUGUAUCUCGCGGUCUGCUGGCCGGUGGAAGAGUACGAGUUGUCGGAUAAGCCGGCUACGGCGCCGACUCGAGACGACGAUGAGCGUGCCUCGGAGGAGCGAUCGCGGUCAGGAGAUGGUUCUCAUGCAUAG